CCACAGCGUCCCGGGGCUCAGGCUGGGGUCUAGGGCAGGGCUGCGGCGGCCACCCUCUUGGGCUGGGAGGAGCAAGAGAGGCCCCUGCCAGCCUGUCACAGGCUCUUGGCACUGGCACUGACUCUGGCUUUCACACGCUCAAACACACACACACACACUCACACUGGCAGGCACCCUCUCGGUGGCCUCCGCGGUCUCAUCUUCAGGCUCAAAGCUGGCUCCGUGGGGGACACAGUGACAUGAGAGGCACGCCACAGACCCACCUUCUGGCCUUCUCCCUCCUCUGCCUCCUCUCAAAGGUGUGUGCCCAGCUGUGCCCGACGCCCUGUGCCUGUCCCUGGCCACCACCACGAUGCCCACUGGGGGUGCCCCUGGUGCUGGACGGCUGUGGCUGCUGCCGGGUGUGCGCACGGCGGCUGGGGGAGCCCUGCGACCACCUCCACGUCUGCGACCCCAGCCAGGGACUGGUCUGCCAACCCAGGGUGGGCCCUGGACGCCGAGGGGCUGUGUGCCUCUGGGGAGAGGAUGACGGGAGCUGUGAGGUGAACGGCCGCCUGUACCGGGAUGGGGAGACCUUCCAGCCCCACUGCAGGAUUCGCUGCCAGUGUGAGGAUGGGGGCUUCACCUGUGUGCCCCUGUGCAGCGAGGACGUUCGGCUGCCCAGCUGGGACUGUCCGUAUCCCAGGAGGGUUGAGGUCCCUGGCAAGUGCUGCCCUGAGUGGGUGUGCGACCGGGGAAGGGAGCUGGGGGUCCAGCCCCUCCCAGCCCAAGGUACAGCCUCAGAAACCCUAGCAGCUUUGCCACCGAGUCCCAGCACCUCUACUCACAGGCCACAACCUCUUUCCUGGAAGAUGCCAUGGGGACCCCAGUUUUCUGGCCUUGUCGCUCCCCCACCCCCUGGCGCCCCCUGCCCAGAGUGGAGCACAGCCUGGGGCCCCUGCUCAACCACCUGUGGGCUGGGUGUGGCCACUCGGGUGUCCAACCAGAACCGCCUCUGCCGCCUGGAGACCCAGCGCCGCCUCUGCCUGCUUGGGCCCUGUCCACCUGCCAGGGGCCGCGGCCCACGGAACAGCGCCUUCUAGAGCAGGGCUGGGGAUCUGGGGGCUCCGGGACCACCCUCCCCAGCAGGCAAGCCAGCGCUUGGGCCCUGAGCAGAAGGCAGAUGGCUCCUCCCCACGCCCUUGGCUAGGCAACGGCAUCCAGGCCCUGGAGGACCAGAAUGUUCACAAGCCGUCUGCUCCAUCUGGACCCUGAGAUAGAGCCGGGAUGUCUGCCCCAGCCCCCUUCCUCUACCUCAUGGCCUAGGGGGCUGGCCGAGGUUUCCAGGGUCUUCUGCUCCAUUCCCAACAGCCUUUAUCAAACAUGUGCAUAGGCAAGCUUUCUAGCAGAUAGGACAACCAGCUGUCCCUUAAUCAUCAGGCUGAGGCAGGUGCUGGGCUGGACUGGCUAUUUUUCUGGGGGUGUGGUGAAGAGGGGCACACAGAUAUUCUGAAUCUCCUGCUUCCUUUCCUGGAGUGACAUAAAAAUGUCCCCGUAUAUGUGUCUGUGCAAGAGCUUGUAGGUCAGGCUUAUGCUGUCUGAGAAAGCUCCCCCACACCCCACCAUCUAGGGUAGAAUUCAGAGGUCGCACGUUUUGUGAAAGUCACAAGGUGAAAUCACACUGUCUGGAAGAAAGUCGGAAAACAGGCCUGAGAGUGAUCUAUUAAACCCAACUUGUAUUCAUAGGAAUGAACCUUUCUCAGGCACCUGCAAAGUACCAGGCGCAGAGCUAGACACUUUAUAUAUAGGUUGGUUGCUUCGCAACAUUUAAGACCAGAGAAAAGUAGGGGAGCAUGAAGGAUAGCCCCCUGGGGACUGGGAAACGU